AUGCAUAUUUCAGAAAAUCAUAAUAUCACUAUAACUGUUCAUGAAUUUAUUCUCCUGGGUUUCCUGUGUAGCCAAGAAGUAGAAAUUCUCCUCUUCUUUUUGUUCUCCAUCAUCUAUAUCUUGACUUUGUUUGGCAAUGGUGCUAUUAUCUGUGCUGUGUGGUGGCACAAACCACUCCAAACCCCCAUGUACACCUUACUGGCCAACUUUUCCUUCCUGGAGAUCUGCUACAUCAAUUCCAAUGUGCCCUACAUGUUGUUCAACUUCCUCUCCAAGAACAAGACCAUCUCCUAUAAUGGCUGCAUCUUACAGUUCUACGUCUUCCUCUCUCUUUGUGCUACAGAACUCUUCUUCCUGGCCCUCAUGGCAUUUGAUAGGUAUGUUGCCAUCUGCUGUCCACUACGCUAUCCCACCAUAAUGACCAGAAAAGGCUGUGGAACCCUUGUGUCUGCCUGUUGGGUGGGUGGCUUCCUCUGGUUAGUGACACCUGCCUCCCUUGUCUCCCAAGUUCCAUUUUGUGGUUCAAAUGUCAUUGAUCACUACCUGUGUGAUCUUGGGGCAAUGCUGGCCAUAUCAUGUGUCCCCGUUCCCAAGACAACUCUGACUUGUAGUACUUUCAGUGCUGUGAUACUGUUCAUCUCUCUGUUAUACAUCCUGGCAUCCUACACUCUGAUCCUUCGAGCAGUCAUUCAGGUUCCCAAAGAUUCAGGGAGGAAAAAAGCCUUUUCCACAUGUGCCUCUCAUCUGGUAGUGGUGUUCCUAUUUUAUGGCUCAGUCACAGUGAUGUAUGUAAGCCCAGGGGCAGCCAAUCAGCCUGGGCUGCAAAAAUUUGUGACCAUGUUCUACUCAAUUGCGACUCCGCUUUUAAACCCUCUAAUCUAUAGCCUUAGAAAUAAGGAGAUGAAAGUUGCCCUGAGGAAAGUUAUGUGUAAAGUUUAA